AUGCUUCGUCUGUCGUCAUGGAAUCUGAAGUCUCAACAUCACAAUGUAUUGAGGCGCAGUCGCCCUCACAUACACAAGUACCGUGAAUUGAAUCGGUGGCAGAGACAAGCUCAAGGAAUCAGCAAGUGGGAUCAGUCACAUUCCCAUCGACCGCUUCCGUACGUUGAGCGCUUCAACCCCGAAAGCGUUGGGUUAACACGCGGAACCUCUGCCUUUGCUUGGAAGUGGUGGCAUACACAAUACCCGUGGUUACCUAAUGUACCACCAGAGGCUGCACAAAUAGAUGAGGCACAGAAACAGGAAAGGAGGUCCCACCGCCCACCGGCAUGGGACGAUGAAUUUGCAAAAGUUGUAUUGAACAUGAAUGACGCAGAGAUCCGGGAGUAUCUUAUGAGUAAACUAACUGACGUGAUCUUUUUGGAGACGCAGCGGGAUGGAUAUGAGCUUCGGCGGCUCGAUUUCGAAGGGAAGCCACUCACAUCACUUCCGGAGCCAAGGAUUAUCGAAAAUUUUGUACUGGAGGAAGAAACGAUUCGGGAGCGUGUCAUUUACCAGGUAGUGGAAGGCGUUUUUCGCCUCAGCCCCACUUCGGCCGACAGGCGUGAACUGCGAAGUGUAGCGAACAUCAUUGAUUAUGUCCUUACGCAUGUGCGGGCCGCGCGCCCAACGGACCGAGAACGAAGACAAGAACGACCCAUCACCUCAGCGGCACUGGCGGUCAUGCAGAAGUGCCCCAUUCAACCACAACUGGGCUUUGUCCAUGCAUUGCCUCAUGACACACGGGACGCGUUGCUUCAAGAGUGGGAGCGUAUGCACCAUCUUGAUUGGCAGUUCGGGAAAGCAGUCUACACGCCGCGAAGCAAGGAAAAUGUGCGCGGGAAUCUUACAUGGCUUCGGGAAGACCGACACUACGACCAGCGGAUGAAGUUCAUGCAAGAAGUGGAAAGUGGAGAGGCGAGAGCGAAACAUAUGAAAUUGAUAGCGGCAGCAGCGGGUAACUAG